CUCUGUUUUGCUCUUCAUCUCAUCUGAACAUUAUCGACAACGUAUUAACCAUGCCUCUUAUCGAGUCCAUUGCCCCCCACGCGCUCAAGCUUGUUGGCGCCGAGGCGCCCAAGUUCCUCGUCUUCUUCUCGAGCAAGGUCGACGGCCGUCUCUGGUGUGGUGACUGCCGCAACACGGAGCAUGUCGUCCAGGAGACCUUCGGUGGCGCCGACAAGCCGAAGGCCGUCCUCUACUGGGUCGGCGACAAGACCGAGUGGAAGAACCCCGAGAACCAGGCCCGCACCGAGUGGAAGAUCACCAACAUCCCCACCAUUGUGCGCCUGGACGAGAGUGGCAAGGAGGUUGCUCGUAUCGUCGAGGACGACCUCCUUGACGCCGCCAAGCUCAAGGGUGUUCUCGGUCAGUAAUGUCGCUGUAUCAGUCUGUAAAAAGUGCAGGAAUGCAGGAUUCAUGCCCGGCC